UGCACCUUGCACUCGUCUCUCUCCCCACAACCACCAGCAUGCGCACAUCUAUCCUCUCAGCUGCGCUCGUGAGCAUCCCAACUGUGUACGGCUGGGGUGCCGCAGGGCACGAAAUCGUGGCGACCAUUGCCCAGAUCCACCUCCCGAAGCCCGUGCUCUCCCUCGUCUGCGACAUCCUCCAUCCCAACCUCAACGCCUCUUCUGCUGCUGCGGAGGCGUACCCGCCAUGCCAUCUAGCCCCCAUCGCAGCGUGGGCCGACUCCAUCCGCAUGCGCCCCCAGUACCGCUACACCGCCCCCAUGCACUACGUGAACGCCGUCGACGACGCCCCGCCGCACUCGUGUCCCUUCCCCGGGACGCACGGCUGGCAGGGCCGCCAGACGGGCAACAUCCUCGCCGCGCUCGGGAACCAGACCAAGGUCCUCCGCGAGUUCGCCCGCGGUGACCGCAGCGUCAGCGACGCGGAGGAGGCGCUCAAGUUCCUCGUGCACUGGAUGGGCGACAUGCACCAGCCGCUGCAUAUGAGCGGGCGCGAGAAGGGCGGGAACGGCGUGAAGGUGGCGUGGAAUGGACGGGUGACGAACCUCCAUAGCGUAUGGGACGGCCUCCUUAUCGCCCAGGCUCUCCGCCUCACCCCAAACAACUACUCCCACCCGCUCCCCGGUACCGGCGGUGUGUUCGUAGAACCCCACUUGCGCGGCGCGAUCUACGACCCGUACGUGCGCCGCAUCAUGCACGAGGGCCUCUCCCCUAGCGGCCGCUUCGCCGCAGAGAGCGACGGGUGGCUCGACUGCCCCACGCCCUCCGACGCCCGCCCCACGCUGCAAACACAGAACGCCGGCACGAGCAGCGCGCUCGGGUACGCCCUGCGACUUCUCGGGCUUGGGGACUCGCAGACCGUGCAGGCGCUGCUGAACCUCGACGUCCCCGCCGCGCUCGGACUCACCACGCGCGCGGGCACCGAGAAGGAGUGGGACGACGCCGAGGUGUGUCCGUACGCGUGGGCGCGCCCGAUCCACGCGCUCAACUGCGACGCCUCGCUCCCCGUGUGGCCGCACGGGCUUGACGCCCCAGGGGACGAGCACGGGUCCUCCUCCGCAAGCGCUGACUGGCCGGAGGUCCCGUACGACGUCGUCGACUUCCUCGACAUGCGCCUGCUGGAGGAGGCGGGCGACGCGGGCGACGCGGGGGUGGCGGUGGGCGGGCGGGCGCCGCGGCACCCGGAGCUGUUCGAGCUGGACACGCCCGAGUAUGCGGGGCGGCUUGCGCGCGGGUGGGUCGUCGAGCGGCUGCUGGCGAUGGCGGGGGUGCGGCUGGCGGGGGUGCUCACGGAUAUCUUUGCGGAUGUUGUGGGCGACGGGAAGGGGUAUGUUUAUGUGGAGGCGUGAGGGAUGGGUGGCGGAUCUGAUAGAACUGACCUGCUUGUAUAUUUGUGUAUGUAUUUGCUAUAUCUCCUGGACGAUAUCACCGUGAUUU